AAGUUGUCAAUAACGUGACGUUUCAAAAUUAAAAAUAUUGUGUUGUUAUCCAUAUGGAUAGUUUUUAAUUAUUUUAACUACAUUUUACAUAGUUCAAAUAAUUUUUUAAUUACCCAAGGCGAAAUGGCAGAUUGGGAAGAAGUUAAACGAUUGGCUGCGGACUUCCAAAAGGUCCAGUUGAGCUCGACAACGCAGAAAUUAUCCGAAAGAAAUUGCAUCGAAAUUAUAUCGUGGCUGAUAGAUAGGAAAUUGUUGGACCUAAUUUUUAGUAGCGACGGAAAGGAAUACAUCACUCCCAGCCAGCUAGUUAGCGACAUCAAAGGGGAAUUGUACGAUCACGGGGGUCGUAUAAAUUUAGUGGAAUUGGCGAAAAUAAUCGGCGUGGACUUGGCUCACAUAAACGCUCACAUAAACGACGUCCUAAAGGGUAGCAAAGACGUCCACGCUAUUCUGGGACAAUUAGUCGAUAAUUCUUACAUAGCCCGAAUAGCCGGAGAAAUAAACGAGAAGCUAACGCAACAAGGACAAAUAAACAUUAGCGACUUAACCAUACAAUAUGACCUACCAGCAGAUUUUCUGCAAAGUCAAAUCGUCGAGAAGAACUUGGGUAAAAUCAUUUUCGGCAAACAAGAUAAAAAUGAUCCCAAGGUGUAUUUCACUGAAUCGUUUAUUGCCCGAACGAAAGCUAAAAUAAGGGGUUCCCUAGCUGGUUUGACUAGACCCACCCCCAUAGCAUCUAUUCUAAAUAAUACAAACAUUAGCGAAAAGUUGUUCUUCUCCCUAUUCGAUCAAGCCGCUCUGUACGGGACACUAACAGGAAGAAUGACCGGUGCCCAAUACAUUCCUAACGUGUACGCCAGGUCACAGAACGAAUGGGUUAAUCAUUUCUACAAGCAAAACGGCUACCUAGAAUUCGAUGCACUGUCUCGACUAGGCAUAACCGAUCAAAAAACCUACAUAAAAAAGCAAUUGUCCAAUCAGGAUUACGAAAUCCUGAGUACUUGUAUAGUUUCUAAAAGCAUACUCGAACGAGUAGAAGCGGACAUUGAUGAGUGCGUAUCGAGCAAAACAUUCAUCGAUUUACAGAACAACCUACCGUCAGUAUUCAACCAAAAAGACGAAGAGAUGGUAUUAGAUCUAAUCCUGACGCCCCAGAAACGAUCGCAAACCGUGUUGAUAGAUAAUUACGUUUUAAGCAAGGCGUUCUUAGACAAAUUGAUGAAAGAUUGUGAACCGUUAGUGGAGGAAAAAUCGAAAAACACGGUCGAAUCCGGUAAAUACCAGCAGUACCAGAUCAGCGUACAAGCCACUUCGACUAGACAUCUGAAAGCUGAAGAAGUCGAAGAAAAAGUGGAUAAAAGAGAGGAGAGGAGGAAGAAAGCGGCGGGUGGUAAAAGCGGUGGGGGUACUCAAGGUAGAGAAACGAAAACGAAAUCUACUAAGAAAUCAUCGAGAGGAGCCGCGCCAAUUAGGAACAAUUCUGAAAGCGAUAGCGGAGAGAAGGAGGAGAAGAAAAUUUUAGAAAUCAUUUCUUUCGAUGAUGCUAAGAGUGUCAUGCAGCUCCCUUUGGAAGAGGAAGGGUUCGAAGAUGACGUUCUCGACCAAAUUGUCCAAUAUCUUCUUCCGAAAUUGAACGAAGACGCUCUUCAAAAAGCCGCUAAUAUUUUCGCUACGACUAUCGCAGAUCGUACAGCCAAUCGUCGCCAGACUCACAAUGAAAUUCAAAAUAAAUUGAACGCUCUCGUAACCGACAUACGACUGUUUGAUAAAGGCAUUAAACUCCUUCCUGUAGAUCUGCAAGGGCAACUAAUCAAAUACCUACUCAAAUCGGUGGGUACCGACGUGGUAACCGAGAUAUUAAACUACAUCGCGGCGGAGCAAAACUUGAGCCCGCCAAUGGACAAUAUCAGCAACGAUCAGCGACUAAAAUUCGUCAACGAUCUACCGUCCGAGUACAAGAAUACCGUCCUUCCUCUCGUCAAGAGUUUGACCGGUCAGAGCGUCGAAGAGUUCCUGGCCUCGAUCGAGCCGGCCCUGGCGGCCUGCAGCAUGAUUUUGAAGAAGAUCGACAAGAAGAAGGACAGAACGUCGGUGUUGAACCACAAGUACCAGCUGCUGGACGAGCUCAACAAGUCGGAGGAUUUGGCUUUGGUUUUACAUCUGGCGACGGUGGUGGUCUUUACCACGUGCACCCAAACCAUGUUGCAUUGUAGCGGACGGCACGUGUCCGGUGUUUUGGCGUUUUUGAAGCAAUAUCUGAACGACGAGCAGAUUACCGAGCUCACUUCCUACCACGAUUUUGUUACCUUGAUGUUGAGUGGAGGCUCCGAAGCGGAAAACGCCAAGGAAAAGCUGAAAGAAAAGGCAUCUGCCGUUAAAAAGAUUGCCAACGAUUUUAAGAAACCCGGCGCGGAGAAAUAAUAGAAGAGAAUUCGAUGAAAACGGAAGAGGAUGAGGAUGCGGAAGGUGAUAUUAAUACGUUGUUCAAUUCCUCUGUGAUAUUUCCAUUGUAAUGCAGGAAGAUGUUUCCUGCGAUUUUUUUGGAUUAACCAGGAUGGUAGCGCGUUAAUGUAUUUAGUUGUUUUAAGUAAAAUGUAAAUAAGAACAUUUUAAAAAUACGAAUGUUGUUUCAAAUCCACCGUUUAUUGUUGCUUUUUUAUUUGAAUAAAUAUCAGGUGAUAGUUU